CAAGUGGUGUGAACUGGGUGCGCCACUUGGUUGUUGCGCACUGGGCAGCCUGCAGGUACCUUUCUAUUGGCAUUGGCAUGGGUGUGUGCCUGCACUGUUGAUCGGCAGUGCUCACCAUUGUUGGCAUUGGCAUGAUGCCGUUGGCAUUGGUGGUGGGCGGAUUGGCGGCGGGCCCUCUCUGCCCCUGACGGUUCAGACGGGUUCCAUGCACUCUCUUCGUCAGCUGAAUCUGCUGGCUGAUAUCCAAUCGCUGCAAUUGACAUUAGCUAGCGCCGCUUCCUUGGCAUUGCAAAGUCAGGGCGUCAGGGCGUCAGAGAAAAUGGAUUCAAAGGAGAGCGAGCGGAAACUUGCCAGCCAUCCUUCAGGUAUUGACGACAUUGAUCCAUGGGUCGCAUGGGCCUACAAACCCCACACAAUCACAGCGCUCUUCGCCGGAGUGUUUGCACUGGUGUAUGCAAGCGGAACACUGAAUACGGCUGAGCAAAACUUGGAUCCUGUCUCCAACGUAAAGAGGGGCAUAUGUGGCAUGGUUGCUGUCUACCUUGGCUACUCACUACUGCGCGCUCCAGACACGCUGCUGAUCCGCCCUCACCCUGCUCUCUGGCGCCUCGUCCAUGGAGCGGCAAUUGUCUACCUGGUUGUGCUUACAUUCACGCUGUUUCAGACCGCCGAGGAUGCCCGACAAUUCCUCAAGUACUUGUAUCCGGAGCUUGGCGUCGAUCUGCAUGAAAGAGCAUAUGGAGCAGAUUGCCGAAUCUAUACACCUGAGCAUGCCAACAAAUUCAAGAACGUGUAUGAUACCUUGUUCGACGAGUUUGUGAUUGCCCAUGUUCUCGGUUGGUACUGCAAGGCUAUCACCCUUCGCAGCAUGGGCCUCAUCUGGACGUUGUCCAUUGGAUUCGAGCUCAUGGAGGUGACAUUCAACCACAUGUUGCCCAACUUCAACGAGUGCUGGUGGGAUGCGCUCAUUCUGGACAUCCUGGUCUGCAAUUGGCUCGGCAUUUGGGCGGGGAUGAAGACUGUCAAAUAUUUCGAGGGCAAGACGUACACGUGGGUGGGCAUCAGCAAGCAGCCGACACUGACGGGCAAGGUCAAGCGCUCCCUCAGCCAGUUCACCCCUGCAUCCUGGGACAAAGACACCAUUGACCCCCUCUCGGGCCCCAAGCAAUUCGUGCUGUCGACGCUUCUCGUCCUUGUCUUCUUAACGGUGGAGGUGAACGCCUUCUUCCUCAAGUACGAGCUCUGGGUCCCGCCCCGCAACCCCCUCAACACGUACCGCCUGCUGCUCUGGUGGCUGAUUGCCAACCCAGCCGUGCGCGAGUUCAACGUGUUCGUGCAAGCAAGGGGGGAUGUGAGCAAGGUCGGUCCUUUCUGCUGGCUGGCCCUCGCCAAUGUCCUCCUGGAGACCCUCAUCUGCUUCAAGUUUGGCCAAGGCAUGUUCCACAAACCGAUGCCCUUCUACAUAAAGGCAGGCUGGAGCACCGCGGCCGUGGUCUAUGUGAUCUUUGUGUCGUCUUGGGCGUGGCGAGACUACGGUCGGUACAAAGAGUCGUCUAAGGAGCGCAAAGAGCAAUGAUAUGCAUAGCUUACAGAUCAUCAUUUCACGAGCUAGCAAGGAACGCAUCACCCCGUCUUGCCUCUUGUAGAAUUGCUAGAAUAAGCUAAAGCUGAUGGCUGGCGUUUUUGUCCGUGAUAUGUAUGUUAAUUGAAUUGAUUGAGCACGCACUUACAAGCUAUGGACGGUCCCGCAACUUUCUACCUUUGUUGUCUUGGAGGUAAAAGAAAAAGUUGAGCUGCAACAACCUGAUGAUUUGUGGAGAGGUUUUCGAUCCUUUGAAAAGCUCCUCACAAGCCAGGCUUUGUGGAUCCUCUACGUGCCAGCCAGGCCCAAACAGUGAUCAAGAACGGCACCUGACAACUGGGCCACCGAGUAUGAUGAGCCAACUCAUAUGUCCGGCCGCGGCCUGCCAACCGAU